CCCAUUCCUAUCAUCCUCUGUUCCUCCAUUUCCUGUGUCUGCAAAAUCAAAAUAAACAAACAUUUAGACUACGAUGAAGUUGUUCUCUUCUUGUUCCAGUUGUUUCUCCUUUUCUGGUUCAAAACAUCGCAAUGCAGAUUCAAUUGAGGAAAACAAAGAAGACGAAGACGAAGACUUCAGAGUCUUCACUUACGGCGAACUCAAACAAGCAUCCAAUGGUUUCAAUCAAUCAAACAUGAUCGGAAAGGGUAGUUUCGGUUCUGUUUACAGGGGUCAACUCAAAGAUGGAGGAUUGGUAGCGAUCAAGGUUCUUUCAGUUGAAAUGGAUUCCAUGAGAGGAGAAAGAGAGUUCACAUCUGAAUUAGCUUCUUUAUCGAAUCUAAGACACGCCAAUCUUGUCAGACUUCGUGGCUGUUGUGUUAAUGGAGCUCAAAGAUUUCUGAUUUAUGAAUAUAUGCAGAACAACAGUCUUUCGCACACCUUUCUUGGAUCAGAACAAAAAAGGAUGAGAUUUACCUGGAAACAUAGGAGAGACGUUGUAAUUGGUGUUGCUCAAGCAUUAGCUUAUCUCCACGAUGAAGUUAACCCACAUGUUAUUCAUCGCGAUAUCAAAGCAGGAAACAUACUUCUUGACGAUAAUUUUAGUCCUAAAGUGGCUGAUUUUGGGUUGGCGAAACUGUUUAGGGACGAUGCUUCAUAUGUCAGUACUCGGGUAGCUGGGACAAUAGGGUAUCUAGCACCAGAAUAUGCCAUAAGUGGACAUUUAUCGCGUAAAUCUGAUGUUUACAGUUUUGGGGUUUUAGUUCUUGAAGUUUUAAGUGGAUGUAAAGUUAUGGAUGUCAACAAUACAUUUAAAGGAGAACAAUAUCUUGUUGAUAAGGCAUGGGAAAUGUACAAGGAUGGGAGACUAUUGGAGAUGAUGGAUCCAAUUAUGAAUGGAGAUUUUGAUAAAGAAGAAGCCAAUAGAUUGUUAAAAUUUGGUCUUAUUUGUGUUCAAGAAUUGUCGAGAAUGAGACCUCGAAUGACAAUGGCGGUUAAGAUAUUGAGUGGUGAAGUUGAUAUAUCGAAGGUGGAGGUUUUUCAGCCGGGGCUUUUUCCCGAUCUUAAUUUGGUUAGAACAGGUAGUAAGAGGAGGCAUGGUGGUGGUUUUCAUCUUCAAGAUAGCUUGGAUUCAACUACUAUAAGUACUGUUAGUUCUUCAACUGGUUUUUUUGCUAAUGAAAGUAGUUCAUCAAUGGAAACCAAUAAAAAGACAUAAAUUAUUAUUUGUUUUUUGUAAUUUAAUUGUCUUUGUGUGUCUUUGAUUCAAGUGUAAAUUGUGAAUUAUUGUAAUUUACAAACAAUUAAUGUUCAUUUUCCUAAUCAAUUUUUUUUU